GAGAUGACAUUGCUGCUUGUUUUGCUGCAACGCUGAAUUCGGGGUUUAGGACACGAUUUGAAGUCCGACGUUGUUCUCAGCUUCGGAGACUGCUGCUAUUUCGUCUGGUAUUGAGUAGAUAAGAGAAUUUUGUUUCAAUUUCAUAUUGGUGGAAAUAUCGACGGUUUGAAGGGACAGUAACAAUGGUACGCGGUGUUGGAAUUGUGGUGCUGGUGUGGUGUGUUGCAACUAGUUCUUCAGACUCGAUGGUUUUUUGGAUGGAGUGAUUUUGGAUCGUGCUUUUUCACGCCGUCGUUCCGACUUCGUUGACCGAUUCUAGGUGAAGAAGAAAACAGCACGGCAGAAGAUUCGCGAGAAGAAUUUAAAGAAGGAAACGAGAGAUGAAGAUCCCAUGGUUCAAGAUGCAGCGAGUGAGUGGAGUAGUGAAGCUGGAGGAACCUCGGCGUCUGAGCGAGCUAGUGUGAAGAGGAAGAUGGCCAAACAAAUCCGAUUCUUGAAUAAAUUGGAGGAAACGCAACGGGUUUUGUCUGCUCAGAAAAAAAAUUUUAAGAAAAAACGGAAAUCACAGAAAACUGGAAGGGCGUUGAACGAUCUUUCUUCACUCUCAGAGUUUUUGCCUUCUAUCACUGCCUCAACUACUACCACUACAUCUUCAAAGGUCCUUCGAAGCAAAGCAAAGCAAACCAUUGUAACGAACGAGACAAAGCAGCUUGCUGCUGUUCUUUCGCACCCACAAUUUAAAGCAAACCCGUUUGCCGCCAUCCAACAGCACCUCACCACCACACUCCCUCCGCCACUUCCAGUGCCCAAUGUGAAGGUUACGGCAAAAGCUGGUUCUAAGAAAAAGAAGUAACUAGUAUUUUCUUCAUUGUGUACAAUUUACAUUUUAAUUACCGUGACUAAUUUCCAUCCCUGGGCUUUUUCUGUCGUAGUCCCCAGUGGCGAGAUUUUUGGAAAUUGAAGAAGCCACAGUGAAGUCCUGAGUUUUAGCAUUUCUUAGAACGUACUUCUCUCUUGGGGAAUUCAAUGUUGGCAGAAUUGUCAUGUCAUCUGAUUCUUUUGCGGAUAGCCAGCUUUCGUUAUCCAUCUACUAUCAGAUCUUGUCAGUUUAUGAGCAAUACUUAUCAGUUGAGCUUAGAGUGGAUUUCUGACAAAUGCCUCUUCUUUGUCCUCCAUCUGUAGCCUAAAUGAACUUUACCUAGCAGUUUGAGUUGGUUUGAGUA